GCAGCACAUCUGUCUCUGUUGAGGAACCAUGAAGACUCUGGCGGCUUUCAUCCUUCUGACUCUGAUCUGCUUCGUACAUCACAGCUCUGCAGCCAACGGUGCAGUGUUCGCGACUUCAGACGGAUACUGUAUGGGCCACACUCAGAUGAAAAUUCCUAAGCAGAAGGUGAAACAUGUGAUGGAGAACCCAAGUCACUGCACAACCAAAGCGAUUAUAGUCACGUCUGUGUGUGAUAGGCAGUAUUGUAUUGAUCCAAAUUUCCGAUGGGCAAAGAGGCUGUUGGCAGAAUUUGAGAAGGUCCCUGAUAAGACGUCUCCACCUGCUCCUUUCAAUAGCUCCAAGUGUGAAAAGGAAAUAUAGUGAUGUGGUGCGAGAAUGCUGUUCCUUUGUGUACUGCAAUGACGUGUAAAUGAUCUAUUUUAGUGGUUGUUGUAAUUGAUAAUCAAUGAUAAUUACACAGAAAAGUAUCUUUGCAGGUUAAAGCUGCCUUUAACUGACAUCGUCACCUUUGAAAGUUUCAUGUUUAAUGACUUUGAUUAAAAUACAGCUUGAAAUACUUUCUAGAAUAUUAAACACACCAGCCAAAGUUUUGUCUAAGAUUAGAAAAUAACAAGUGGUACUACGGUUUAUUACUGACUUUUUUAAAUGUAUGUUUAUUAAUACUACACGAGCUAAUGUCUCUUUCUGUGUAAAAGCUGUAUGUUUGUAUUAUGUACUUAGUUUUUAGCUUUUUAAGUGCAAUAUAUAUCCAACGAGGUAAAGGCUGUUUAACAUAUCUACAAUAAUUUAAUGUACUUAUACUAUUUAAAAGGAGAAAAAAGACUGUUACUCCUUCUAUAUGAAUGCAAAUCCUUUCAUGAAAAUAUGUGUGCAAAUUUUUGAAAUUUCCAUAAUUAUGUAAAUGUUGAUGUGAACUUCUGUGUUGAUUUCCAAGAAUAAAACCUGUUGAGACAGAAA